AUGAACCUCUCCCUAACCGAUCCCUUCGUCCUCGCACAAGAUUACCCUGAAUCUACCACCGGCAACCUCCGUAGUGGGCAUGCUUGUGCCCUACGCUUCAACCGCAAAGGCGACUUCCUGGCCGCUGGGCGCGCCGAUGGUGUCGUCGUGAUCUUCGACGUAGAAACACAAGGCGUGGCGCGGAAACUAAAGGGACACACGAGGCAGAUACAGUCGCUGAGUUGGUCGCGCGAUGGGCGGUAUCUCUUGACGAGUAGCCAGGAUUGGAAGUGCAACUUGUGGGAUUUGCAGGAUGGGAGUAUUGUGAGGAGUGUGAGGUUUGAGGCGGCGGUUUAUAUUGCAGAGUUGCAUCCGUGGAAUCAACCGAGAGGGGCAGGUUAUGCUGACUGGAAUAGUCUCAUGUUCGUGGUGUCGCUUUUCGAGGAACAGCCUUUAUUGGUUGAUGCGACGAAUCCGGAAUGCAUCAAGCUCAAUCUUCCCUCCGCACCGAAACGAGGGCUUGAUGAGAAGGUCACCGAGAAACAAGCGUCGCAGGAUGCAAAGCAGGCGACGACAGUUUCGGUAUUUACAGCUUCGGGCAAGCAUAUCGUUGCGGGUACGAAUAAGGGGUGGUUGAAUGUCAUUGAAGUGGAUUCGAGGACGACUAUCUACUCUACGAAAAUAUGCGCGGGCGUUGUCAUUUUUUUGCGGCUUACGAGUUCGGGGAGAGAUAUUGUGAUAAAUUCUUCCGAUAGAAUCAUUCGAACGAUACAGAUGCCCAAUCUUUCCGACGAUCCAGAUACGAUUGAUAUUGAGGUGGAGCACAAAUUCCAGGAUGUGGUCAAUAGGCUGUCGUGGAAUCAUGUUGCUUUCAGCUCUACGGGAGAAUAUGUUACGGCUUCGACAUAUAAUAAUCACGACAUCUAUAUCUGGGAAAGAAAUCACGGCAGUUUGGUCAAAAUUCUGGAGGGCCCGAAAGAAGAGCAUGGUGUUGUGGAGUGGCAUCCUCAUCGACCCCUGAUUACUGCUUGUGGGCUUGAGUCGGGGAGGAUACAUAUCUGGUCAAACAUACCACAACAACGAUGGUCAGCUCUGGCUCCUGAUUUUGUGGAAGUUGAAGAGAACGUCGAGUAUAUAGAGCACGAAGACGAGUUUGAUAUCCAUCCACAAGAAGAAAUCCACAAGCGAAGAUUGGAUCAGGAGGAUGAAGAUAUUGAUGUUUUGACUGUGGAGCCGGUCAAGGGCUUGGAAGAAGAUAAUGAAGCCUUCCGCAUGCCAGUCCAGUUGGAUCUCCAGGAUAGUGAAGGUGAGGAGGAGUUUGUGGCUGUUAGGAGGGGUGAGAUGAGGAGGAAAAGUCCAACUGCUAGUAGAGACUACAUGCUGGACUCAGGGGUCAUUGGGAGCGGGGAUGAGUUUGCCAACAAACGUAAAACGAAGAGCAAAAGGCGUUAA